CCCCGUGACGUUUCACACACAGGUCAAGGAAUAGUAGAUAGGAAUAGACGAUAGAAGCAGAUUUUUGGACAAUUCGACUGCAACCCCAGUCAUGCCAACUAGAAAAGGCUGUGUCCUGAAAUGUGAGGGGAAAUCUUGUAUGUUUGCCUUACCGAAGGCAGAACCACGAAGAAGUCAGUGGUUGAAAUUUAUUUUUAACAAUGUUCCUUCAACGGUUCGAAAUACUGUACUGUGUGCCCGGCAUUUCUCGGACGACAGCUUCACAAACCUUGCACAGGUUGAAGCCAGAUAUGCAAUGCGUCUAGUACUAAAGGGCGAUGCUGUUCCUACUUUGUCUGGACCAGCGGGAGAUUCGGUGACACAACCUGUCAGCCAAUUUCAAAAGUUACCUAGAAGGAGGGAUGCUGCUUGUCAGACCGACAUUCUACACAAACGUACAGUUCGCACACAGUUGUCUUUGCGUACCUUUAGUAAUCCAUAUCGAAGUUCUGCUGUCCAGACUAUAGAUUCCAGCAACUUUGAUGUAUGGACAUCAAAUCUUCUCGAGGCAGCACCCUCUUUUAUAUCCACCCCUACAGAGAGACCAUCAAAGAGACGUCGUGUGGACCCUGAGGAAGAAGAAGAAGAAGAGGAGGAGGAGGAUGGCAGCUUCUCCGUGGUGGCUUCAGACGGGCUGGAUGAUACCUAUGACCCAGCAGAGUCUGUCACAAAUGAUACAGAAAAAACAGACAUGUUUGGUAAAGAACACAUUCCCUAUAACAUCAAGACAUACAUAGUGUAUGAGACCUGCAUCAUGGAGCUUUUCGAAAUGUGUCCUGUGUGCCAGCGAGUGUGUGAUGUUCAAACCCGAAGGAUGGGUACAUUUCUAUCAGUGGAGCAGCUGUGCCCUCAUUGUCAGUUUUCCAGACUGUGGAAUAGCCAGCCUAUUGUACGGAGUACUCCAGCUGGGAACCUACAGCUUUCCACUUCAGUGUACGUCAAUGGAGAGUCUUUCUUCAAACUUGAAAAGGUCUUGAAAGCAAUAAACCUACAGCUUUUCGAGUACGACACCUUCCUAAGGCAUGCCAAAAUGUUCAUCGAGCCAGCUAUCGUGUCAAACUUUAAGACAUCACAGGAAAUGAUGCUUCGGCAGCUCAGUGAAGAGGACAAGAUUAUACCUGGUGGUGACUUGAGGGCAGACUCUCCUGGCCACUCUGAAAGGUCAGGCAGCCACACCACGAUGGACCUCAAGACCAACAAUGUUGUUGACAUCCCGUUGUUUAAGAGCGAUGAGGUUGGUGGAAGCUGUCGGAUGGAAAAAGAAGGUCUGGAAAGGGGUCUGGCGUUGUUGCAGGAGCAUGGUUGCCUUGAUGACUUGAUGGCCCUCAUCUUUGAUGAAAACUUUGUGGACCCGGCACCAUUCAAAGAGGAGAUUUUGAAGGUCACCAUCACAGAGGACCUGUGUGCUCAGGACGAACGGCCUGUCAAGGAGGAGGUCAUUGAAAGCUUUGUCACCCAAGUCAAGACAGAGGCUUUCUGAAUCCUGCAUAAAGGUUUUGGGGCAGGCACAUACUACACGGGCAGGAAUGAUGACUCUGAUCCUGCGUCUCAGGAAGCCCUAUAGCACCAGCUCACAAAACCCUUUAAGGCUGGAUACUGGUUACGCCUGCAAGAAUUGCUCGGUCAAAAGAUCACUAAAACAUCUAUCUUUGAUGUGUUUAAAGCUACAUGUAUUCUUUUAUGGGUUAAGUGAACCUUUUUUUGUAGAUGACCGAGACAAGUUGAAAGUGGGACAAAAAAGGUAAAACACUUUGCAGUUUUAACUUCCAUUUGGAGUUAUGACAAUAAAGGCUUUACAGUUUCU